AUGACGAGCAAUGCCGGGGAGUGGUGCCUCAUGGAGAGCGACCCCGGCGUGUUCACCGAGCUCAUUAAAGGAUUCGGUUGCCGAGGAGCCCAAGUAGAGGAGAUAUGGAGUUUAGAACCUGAGAGUUUUGAAAAAUUAAAGCCGGUUCACGGGCUGAUUUUUCUUUUCAAGUGGCAGCCAGGAGAGGAACCAGCAGGCUCCGUGGUUCAGGACUCCAGACUCGACACGAUCUUUUUCGCCAAGCAGGUCAUUAAUAACGCGUGUGCUACGCAAGCCAUAGUAAGUGUGCUGCUGAACUGCACUCAUCAAGACGUCCAUCUAGGAGAGACGCUGUCCGAGUUUAAAGAAUUCUCACAAAGCUUCGAUGCAGCUAUGAAAGGUUUGGCGCUGAGCAACUCAGACGUGAUCCGACAAGUGCACAACAGCUUCGCCAGACAGCAGAUGUUUGAGUUCGACGCGAAGCCCCCGACCAAAGAGGAAGAUGCGUUUCACUUUGUCAGUUACGUCCCUGUGAACGGAAGACUCUACGAGCUGGACGGACUGCGGGAGGGACCGAUCGACCUAGGGGCCUGCAGCCAGGACGACUGGAUCAGCGCCGUGAGGCCCGUCAUCGAGAAGAGAAUACAGAAGUACAGCGAAGGUGAAAUUCGAUUUAACUUAAUGGCCAUCGUGUCUGACAGAAAAAUGAUAUAUGAACAGAAGAUAGCAGAGUUGCAGAGACAACUUGCUGAGGAGGAACCCAUGGAUACAGAUCAGGGUAGUAUGCUAAGUGCUAUUCAGUCAGAACUCGCCAAAAAUCAGAUGCUCAUCGAAGAAGAAAUGCAGAAAUUAAAAAGAUAUAAGAUUGAAAAUAUCAGAAGGAAACAUAAUUACCUGCCGUUCAUUAUGGAAUUGUUAAAGACGUUAGCAGAACACCAGCAAUUAAUACCACUAGUAGAAAAGGCAAAAGAAAAACAGAAUGCAAAGAAAGCACAGGAGACCAAAUGA